CCGGACUGGCUAAGCAGCGAACCCGACUAUUGGCCGACAGAGAGCCGACAGAGCGCGAGAGAGACGUCGGGAGUACAUGAAGCCUGUGAACUGUUAACUUCAGGCUCUGUUCACCACUCAAAGUCGCUCUACGUUAGUUAACGAUGACUACAUCGGGGCCCUUGGAUCGUGUGGAGCUGUGUGAAAGCCUCCUGACAUGGAUCCAGACAUUUGGAGUGGAGGCUCCAUGCAAGACAGUAGAAGAGUUGACGAGCGGUAUCGUCAUGGCCCAAGCUCUGCAGAAAAUAGAUCUAGUGUAUUUCAAUGACGCUUGGAUUAGUAGAAUCAAGCCAGACGUUGGGGACAACUGGAGGUUAAAGAUCAGCAAUCUAAAGAAAGUUCUGAAAGGCAUCCUAGACUAUAACCAGGAGAUCCUAGGCCAGCACAUUAACGACUUUACACUACCAGAUGUUAACCUUAUCGGAGAACACUCUGACGCAUCAGAGCUCGGGAGGAUGCUUCAGCUUAUACUGGGCUGUGCUGUCAACUGUGAACAGAAACAAGAAUACAUCCAGACCAUAAUGAUGAUGGAGGAGUCGGUGCAGCAUGUCGUCAUGACGGCCAUCCAAGAGCUGAUGAGUAAAGAGACUCCAGUGAUGGGAGGAACUGACUCGUACGUGGAUCUAGACAGACAGCUCAAGAAGACGGCAGAGGAGCUGAACGACGCUUUGUCUACCAAGGAGGAGAUCGCCCAGAGGUGUCGGGAGCUUGACAUGCAGGUGGCAGCCCUGCAAGAGGAGAAGAGCAGUUUGCUAGCAGAGAACCAGGUUCUGAUGGAGAGACUUAACCAGUCUGACUCCAUAGAGGAUAUAAACAGCCCUGCUGGACGCAGACACCUCCAGCUGCAGACACAACUGGAGCAACUACAGGAAGAAACGUUCAGGUUGGAGGCAUCAAAAGAUGACUACCGAAUCCGUUGUGAAGAGCUUGAAAAAGAACUCCUGGACGUGAAGUCGCAGAACGAAGAGCUUGCGUCGCUGGCUGAUGAAGCCCAGUCUCUCAAGGACGAGAUGGAUGUCCUCAGGCAUUCAUCAGACAAAGUGUCAAAGCUGGAGGGCACAGUGGAACACUACAAGAAGAAACUAGAGGACAUGGGACUCCUCAGGAGACAGAAUAAGCUUUUGGAGGAGAAGAACACGGUGUUAAUGCAGGGCAGCGUCAAUUUGGAAGAGGAGCUACGGAAGGCGAACGCUACCAAGGGCCAGCUGGAGACAUACAAGAGACAGGUGGUUGAACUUCAGAACAGACUGUCGGAAGAGUCUAAAAAGGCCGACAAGAUGGAGUUUGAGUACAAACGCGUCAAAGAGAAAGUGGACUCUCUACAGAAAGAAAAAGAUCGUAUGCGGACGGAGAGAGACUCUCUGAAGGAGACUAUUGAGGAGCUACAUUGUGUCCAAGCCCAGGAGGGACAGCUUACAUCAGGCUUGUUCCCGAUGGCCAGCAACGACGGCUCUGAUUCGCUGGCUGCUGAGAUCACCACCCCAGAGAUUCGAGAACAUUUGAUUCGUCUUCAGCAUGAGAACAAGAUGUUGAAGCUUGCCCAGGAGGGAUCAGACAAUGAGAAGAUCGCGCUGUUGCAGAGUCUACUGGAGGACGCCAACAGGAGGAAAAAUGAGCUGGAGACGGAGAACAGGUUGAACAAUCAGCGCCUGAUGGAGGAACAGGGUCAGGUAGAGGAGCUACAGAAGAACCUUCAAGAACAGGGUUCCAAAGCAGACGAUUCUUCCAUUCUGAAGAAGAAAUAUGAGGAGCACAUGGAGAAACUACGAGAGCUGAACAAUGAGUUACUGAAGAAGAAUGCCUUCAUCGACGAAAUGGAGCCUAAAUACACCACCAGCUCCCAACGAGUGGAGGACCUGGAAGAGGCCUUGAAGAAGAAAGAUGAAGACAUGAAACUGAUGGAGGAGAGAUAUAAGAAAUACCUGGAAAAAGCCAAGAGCGUGAUCCGGACCUUGGACCCCAAGCAGAACCAGGGUUCAGGUCCAGAGGUCCAGGCCCUGAAGAACCAGCUGCAGGAGAAGGACAGGAUGUUGCACUCAUUGGAGAAAGAGAUGGACAAAACAAAAAGCCAGAGAGAUUACGAGGAGAAACUGAUUGUGUCAGCCUGGUACAACAUGGGUAUGUCUCUGCAGAAGAAGGCGGCUGAAGACAGACUCGCCAACACCGGCUCCGGUCAGUCCUUCCUGGCCCGGCAGAGACAAGCCACCAGCACGCGCCGCUCCUAUCCGGGCCACGUCCAGCCAGCUACCGCAAGGUAGAUGGUAGCAGCAGGGCAGAAAAUAAAACAAAUACUGCGACAAACUACCUUACAAAAUCCCCUGAACUUAACAUACAAGUAGAUGUGCCUUUUUUUAAAAGGCAUUUUCCAUUCAUUUCUAAUGGACGUUCUUGUUUUCCUGCAUUCUGCCUAUUGAUUUUCUUUUUUUUUUUUGUUCUUCUUGAUCAGAUCCAUGAGGUAGAGAUGCCAGGCAAGGCUGCCCAAAAUCUCGCACCACUUUUUUUUUUUUUUUUUCCCUGACUAAGCAUAUUUUACCCUGAAUUCCUGUGAUGCCAGGCUCUUACCCUUUUAACACCCCCAGCAUAUUUAGUAGGGUCUGACUAAUCGCUUCCUCCCUCUCAACCCACUGACCUUCCCCAACCUGUGGCCAACUUUUGUCAACCAGGUUCAUUUGGACCCCAAAAGCUGAGAAGAAAUCUCAUCUUCUUCAUUCAUCAUCUUUUGUUGUCUAGAGGAACCGCUCUGCCUGUUCAUGCAGUAUCUACGCACAUCUCUACCUGUCAUAGCGUUUGAGGAUCAUCUUGUUUCUCAACUGGAGCUGACAGAUUUUCUGUCCUCACGAUGUAGCUUUCAGCAGCGAUUUUCAUUUUACACGUGUCAAUGUUUGAAUUUCAAAUGGGGAGAUCUUCUGUCGUGUCAUCGUGUUUUGAAUUUUUUGAAUUUAGAUGCAAUAUUGAGCAACAAAUACAUUGAGGCAUAGGAAGAUGUAUAGUCAUCACAUGGAAAUGUUUGCUUAGCUAAAUGAUCUCUAAUAGGACUUACAUGGUUUGGGACUGCAAUAAUUGCGAAUGGUCAUUUCCCCGGUGAUCAAUCCACAGCUGGGUUGUGUGCGGGAAAAGAUCAAUGUGCUUCGUAACUGUGUAGACUGGUUUUCAUUAUCUUUCUUAAGUAAGCACCAUCGAGCAUACUGGGAAAGGGCGUCAGUUCACACGGUUUUAGCUUUACCAGCAUUUACCAGGUUGUCUCAGACAACACCUUAUGUGCCAUAGUGUUCAAUUUAAAUCUAUGUACCACAGUAUUUGGUCCAUAUUAUCCUUGCAACACUGCAGGCGUCCCUCCUCACAUGACAGAAAGAUGCGUUGAAGUCGUGUCAGAGCUAGUCGUGAGAAUCAAUUGAUUGCUAUCAUAGUGAAAAGGUCGUUCAAGGUGCGUUAAUGGGUGUUUUGUAUUGCCCCAUGUCACUUUAAGUAGGAAUCUUGGAUAGGAAUGCUUGUUGUAGCUGUCCCUUUCUUUAACCCAUUUGUUGUUCCGCUCGUUUUACAUUGUCACUUUGUUUAAGGCACAUCAUGAAUGCUCUCUUAUUAAAGGUAUAAUAUGCAGCAUUUUCCUAAAACAAAAUCAAUGUAUAGACUGAUACAAAAAUAAUCCCUCUCAAUCAUCACUUAUGCCGCACUAGAAGUGUGUGGUGGUGUCUGUUUCUGCAGAGACCCUGCAGGGUGUAUGGCUGCACUUUUCGCCGAAGGCGAGGUGGCUAUACAGAAAUUCACAAUAUCCAAAUACUACGUGUGCUUGAACUGCCACUAUAAACAUCCAUAUGUCCUCACGUAGCCUUCACAAGAUAACUAUUGACCGAGUCAUAGGAAUAAUGCUCAUCUUGGCUUAUUGUUGUCUGCUGCCAUUUUUGUGUCUUUAUGACAAAGUACGUAUGGUAAUAUGGCCAGAAUCCGGUGCAUUGAGAAAGUAUAGAAAAAGAAAAAGUGUGCGUUCCUGUCCUCCACGAGCCAAUCGAAACAGUGUCGUGCUUGUAGCGUGACAGGAACGUCCCCUCCGCGAAUGCAAUCAGAACCCGUCUCGAUUCCCUGCUUUGCUCUCACUAACGCCGCUCCCUCUCUUCAUUCACUCUAUAGCGCGCUCGACCACAGCCGCUCUCUCUUUCUGAGCCGAGGAUGAGGAAAAGCCAACUUUGAAUGCGGUGUGUUUUACAAACAGCAACCGACAACUGUUUGCAUAUUAUACCUUUAACAUGAUGGACCUUUAGAAGCUUUGGAAUUAACCCUGUUCGUUUGCCGUGUUAUGUGUUUAGAUCAAGGCCAGAAUCUCAGGCUAAACAAACCCUGCCGUCUGACUGUUGUCUCUCUCUUUCUCUCUCUCCUCCCUCAACAGCAAUGUCACUGCAUGACUGGCGCACCAAUGAACUGGCCAGGCCUCGUGCGGCCCGGCCCGUCUUUGGCUUAUACGCUGGCCCCCCGGGCAGGGCUGGGCUGGGCUGGGCUGGGCUAGGCUAGGCUGGGCUAGGCUGAGGCACACGAUGCAUGAACUACCUGUCUGCCUACUGUUUGCAUGACUCUGUGCGAAUAACCAGCACACCGGCAGCAGCAGCAUGAGCACUAACAACCCCUCUGCAGUAUCAUGCAUCAUUGUAACCUUCCAGACAAGCCUUGAGGAGGCCAGAAAUUAAAACUCCUUUCCACCCUUUCAGCUCCUCGCUCCUAAUGUUCUCUUGCUCUCUGUUACCCUUUCUCCAUUCUCUUCUCCUCUCCUCUCCUCCCUCUUCAUGGACAUGCCUGCUUAUGCUUCCACAUCGCAUCAAGUCUGUUACAAUUUAUGUUACAAACACCAAGGACAGGGGCAGAAUAUCGCAGCAUAGUCUAGUCAAUCAAACAGUUGAUGUAUUACUUUUCUGUCGUGUGUUACUCAACGUCGGCCGGCUGCUUCAGGAUACCUCAAUGACGUAUUUCCACAUAUCUGUUUUUAUUUACACGGUCGGAGGAGAGUCGGCGUGAGAGGAAUAUUUGAGAGGUGUAGCCUGCAAAUCAGCCUGCAUAACAAAAAAAAAAGUAUCUCCCCUUUAAACUUCUAAGUGUGUAUCUCCUGCAAUGGUUCUGCGUCCUCAACAUAUUGCAUCUUAGAAGUGGUUUUUACCUCAAGUAUUAGUGAGUACAACAAGGAGAGCUUACGGGGCAUUACUGUGUUGCCCUGUAGGACAGUUGGACAGUUUUCAGUAGGAGCAUAGGAUGGCAAAAUAAGUGUUUUUUAAAACGAAUAACAUUGUUACAGAUAUGCUUUUAUGCAGGACAAAAGCCCCCAUUAAGCCUACUUGCAAUUUUUCUUUAUAUGAAAAUGUAAUGUCAGUGGCUUGAUUGUAGUUGACUACUAUUUGUCUAAGUAGCAAAUAACCUGUGUUCUAAUUUAGCCAAAAGCAAGACGGAGCAUUUUUGUCACACAUUUAAUACAUUUUAUCAUAAAUCACGAAUACCGAUAUGAUAAAAUUAUAUAAAUAAUAAAAUAUUUUAAAAAUAAGGAUGUGAAGCUGUACAUUAGCUCACACAGGCUAAUGUGCAGUGCAUUCAUUUUGUUGGCUUGAAAGGGCUAACUGUUUUAAAAGAACGUAGAAAGGGAAAGCAUUGCAACAAAGUCAAAGGAUCCUAUUGAUCGCAUAUCAAACCCUUAUUUAGGUCAUAGUAACCCUGCGUUACUUUUUACAGUGUUUCAUUAAUGCAACAGUUUUUGGCAUCAACGGAAGAAGUUGACUGCUUACAUGUGCAGUGUUAACAGAAUGAGUUAUACAAGACACACAUUAUGGUAUCAGUAAUAGGGAAACUUCACUUUGUGUUGCUGUAAGUCAUAUUGUUUGUUGUGUGUAGCUUUCUUUUUAAAUAAAUGUGUUAUUUAAAUUUUAUUUCCAGAGCAUAUUAAAAGUAUGUUGGCAAACAUGGUGAGAAAAUAAACACCUGAACCUAAGGAUAUUUGCAUAUUAUUGGCAUAAGUGCAUACAUUUUUCAAAUGAGAGAGAUGGUCAAAUCCUCCAAUUUUAGUGCCUUUGUUUAACAUUUUACAUUUGAAAAAAAAACAAGAAUGGCUGGUCUUUUUAGGAGUAAAGGCAGCGAGGCAUGCCACCUUUUAAAGACCAGUUUUAUUUGAAAAGAAAAAAGUCUUGACAAAAAUCUUCAACUAAAGUAGGCUUAAUGAGGGCUUUUCUUCUCUGUAUUUUAACCUAUUUUACUCAUAAAUGUUAUAUUGUGUAACCUUGGUUUAAUUCAUGCCGUGCAUUUUUAUCUUACUGGCUUAUUUAUUCUUUUGCCGCUUGUACAGCAGUGUUGUUACAUUUUGUUUUUAUAUAUCAGUAGUAUUAUUAUAUCACCACUUAUACCGUUACAGCGGAUGUGAAGUUUCCAUACGACAUCGAGAUACUGUUAAAUACUCGUCUUAUGCAACAAACGGAGGAGAUGGGGUUUGAAAAUAGUGUAGUGUUUGUCUCCAGCUAAUGAAAAUGACAACAGUGUCAUCUGAGAUCAGUGUAAAAAUGGAGAAAACGGUGCAAAGGAUCCAUUUACCUCCAGUCUUUUUCAGGAAGAGGAGUUUCUUAGAAAACCGUGUCAUGUUUGAAACUGAAUGUUUUUCUCAUUAACAAAAAAAAAAAAAAGCACAUUUUUACACUUUUAAUUCACUAAAUUGUUGGUGAAUUUACUGUGACCCUACAAAAUGAUCAUAUUUUUCAGUGUUUUAGCGACAGCAGCAUAGAAAAGGCUCAUGAACUGAUGGUGAUGCAUGUGUCAUUGCAUUAAAAAUGAAGUUAGCGCAGAUAUUUGGUUAACUUAUCUCAAUCAAAUUACAUUCUACAUUUGAGGCAUCAAAUAAAUACAUUUUCCAGAAGUGAGCGGUGAAAUAACAUUCGCAGUAUUUAUUCAGUUGCAAAGUAAUGAUGAUGUUUUGUCCAGUUAUCUGUCCAAAAAUGUGUUUUGUAAACCACUCGCCAUUAACAUCCAGCUGUAAGUUAUAUUACACAGAACUCUUUUAACCGUCCAUCCCCGGGAGUCAUUGAUCCGGUAAGAAAUCUGUAUAUAAUGGAACACAUCCACAUUGUGAUUGACCUGUUUAAAUUUACAUCAGGGAUGUUGGGGAAAACCAUUUUUGUUAUUUUAUAUCUCCCUAUGAGAAGACAUUAUGUUGUCCCCUUUUACCCCCCCAUCGAGUCAGCCACUGUAUUUUGUUGCGUAUACGUGUCUGUGUAUAUACUUAAUAUUUCUGGCAAAUAAUGAGAUACUGGGGGAAAGAUUUCCACAGUAGUAUCACCAGAGAAACUGGCUUCAGAAGUCAGCAAGUUUGCAUCAUUUUCAGACCUUAUUAAUGCCAAUUUCCUCUCAAUAAAAAAGAAAAGGUGUUGAGUUUUAACCCCUGAAUCUUUCCCUAAUAUUUGUGUUUGAGUACAAAUCCCUGAAUGCAGUACAAAACCCGGUCAUAAUGUGGUGCAUUACAUUCAUGCCUGAGCUAAAAUGAGUACCCAGUGUUACUUAACUGCUAAUUUCACAGUCAAAAGUGUUAUUAGAGAGGUGGAACACAACAAACACCACGAGGCUGUCAAACAGGUCAGAAUCUUCUCUUUCACUACGCGUGUGCAGUGUUUGCUGUAUUUUUUUACUCAUUGGGAAAACUUUUCUUUACAUAUUGAAGUAGCAAAUAACCUUCCAUUUGCCAAGUUUUAUAUUGCUUGUAUACAAACACACUAUGUACAUACUAAAUGUGACAGUGGUAGAGGAGGGGUGUGUGGCCAUUUGGAGAAUGAGAAAAAUAAAACUCAUGUCAAGUUAGAUGGAUUUCAUAUUAGCAUUUGUCCGACGAGGACCUAUCGAUGAAAAAUGUGCUUCCUACACUGCAAAACUUGGAAAUUACAUUGUAAAUAAAGCUUGUAUAAAACAGG